CAUGAGUAUUGAAUCUCAGUUAGCGGAAUACAGAUCACGGAAAGCGAAAGAGGGAAGGACAGAUGAUUGUAUUGACGAUCCUGUAGAUUCCCACGUAAAAGAGUAUUUUUCUGACCAGACUGCACCGGGCCAUGUACUCUGUGACAAUAACCAGCAUGAGACUACACCUCCAUCUGCCUUAAAUUGUCAUUACAUUAGAUUCCUACAGAAACAUACAAGAGUAUUGAAAUUCGUAUUAUGGUUUACUUUAUUGGUAUUAUUUAUGGUCAUAGAAUUCGCUGCUGUGUAUAUAAUAUUGAGUAUUUUUUAUGUGAUGUAUGCCAACCUAAGUAGCAGUGGGAGACGAUCUGGGGAACUCAGUGCCUAUUCUGUUUUCAAUCGCAAUUGCGAAAGAAUCGAUGGAACGUUUACAGCUGAACAAUUUGAAAAAGAACUUAGAUUUGGUGCUGGAGCAGUCAAGUAA